AUGUUUGCAAUACAAAUCCUCUUGGCCAUCUUCGCGUCGUUUGAUCGCGCCGAAAAAAAGGACAAGGACAACAAGUUUCUGAAUGGCGUGUUCGCCCCGGUACACGAAGAGAACACCGCCGAAGAGUGCGAGGUCGUGGGAACUCUGCCAGAGGUUGUGUGCGGGGAAUUCGUCCGCAACGGCCCGAACCCGAGGUUCAUGCCAAAGGGGGGGUACCACUGGUUCGACGGGCUAGGCAUGGUUCACGGUGUCCGCAUAAAGCCCUCGGGAGCGGCAUUUUACACGAACCGUUUCAUCCGGACCAAGAGGCUGCAGGCAGAAGAGGAGGCCGGCGAAGCUUUGGGCGUGACCAUGGGGGACCUCUCGUCUAAGCUGAGCGUUCCCAAGCUCUUGCUGAGCACCCUCAAGGAGAAGCUGGGGGUCUUGCCGGACUUUAGGGCGUUAAGGGAGACCAACGCCAACACAUCGCUCGAGUUUCACGCAGGCCGGUUGAUGGCCCUGCAAGAAGCGGGGGUGCCGUACGCGCUCCGCGUCAUGUGCGACGGGGUCAUCGAAACUCUCGGACGGACUUCCUUCGAAGGAAAGCUCGAGACACCCUUCACGGCGCAUCCCAAGAAAGACCCUGCCACGGGCAAGCUCUACGGUUUCGGCUACCAGAUGCAAGGCAACCCUUUCUUGACAAUGUACGUUCUGGAUGCGGACGGCAAAAUCGAGCGCCAGUUCCCCGUGGACGUUGGGAGAGCGACGGCCAUGCAUGACUUCGCCAUCAGCGAGAACUACUGCGUUUUCCUGGACGUACCCCUGGUGUUUAAGGGGGAAAACCUCUUGAAGGGGAAGUUCCCUCUCGUUUACGACGACACGCUGGGCGCCAGGAUGGGAGUCCUUAGGCUCGACGCCACCGACGCGUCCGGCAUUCAAUGGUUCGACAUGCCAGAGUGCUUCAUGACGUUCCACGUGGUCAACGCGUGGGAGGAACAGGUGGAGGCCAACGGCACGGCGACCACGGUCCUGAAGGUAGUCACGUGCGAUAUGUUCGAGCUCAGCUUGGACCAGAACGACCUCAACCAGGAGACAACCGUCGGCCAACACGCCCGGCCGUACACGACCACGCUCAACCUAGAGACGAGCAAGGCGACCAGGGCAUGCCUCGUGCCGCAGUCGCAGCCCCCUACGGAAGGCCUGGACUUCCCGCAGAUCCGCAAGUCGUUGGUGGGCAGGAAAAACAGGUACGGGUACUUCAUCGCUUUCGAUGCGGGGGGGCUCGCGGCGGCGUUGGUCAAGAUCGAUCUCCAGGCAACCCCGGAGACGGCAGUGGUCGGCCGCAUUGACCACGGGGAGUGGGUAGGCGGCGAGGGUCUGUUUGUCCCGUCCAACCCCGACGGAGUAGGCGACGAAGACGACGGCUUCUUGGUGACCUUUGUCAGCCCCAAGGAUGGGGGUAACUCAGAGCUCCGCGUGUGGGAUGCCAAGACCAUGAGUCCGGACCCCGUCGCCUCCGUCAAGUUGCCGGCGAGAGUCCCUCUCGGCUUCCACGCUAUCCACAUCACCGAGGCGGACCUGGCCACGCAGACGAAGCGCGACUAAUCCCCUCAGCAAGCUUUUUUUUGGCCUUUGGGUGCAAGCACGAGAGGAGGAAGCACUAUGAUAGUCUUCGGUCGCGUGUUGCUGCUGCCCUCCUUCCCGACGCCAUCACCGAUCCACAAUAUAUGUUGCUUCGUUUUACGCUGCAGCCUGUUUCUCGCGGUCAGACGGUGAUGUACUAUUUAGUCCGGGAGGAAGGGCAACAAGGGCAAUUGUACGUUCAUCGACAUGCAUGUGCGUAUUUCCGUAACACAUUUUCCACCGCACGCGGAGGAGUGCGAAAAAAGACGAAACACCCGUUCGUCGCUUUGGUUGUCCCGUGACGGCUUUGGUUGCCAUGUAAGCCGCACAUCUGGGCGUUGGUUUUCUGAUAUUUUUUGCAAUAGUCUUGCUUUCGCGUUGUGUCGUGUCACGUUCGGGGUUCCUUUCCUUCGAGAGGAGCAAUCUAGUUUUGUUUUUGUUUGCCUCACCGCCAAGGUUGUGAGUGGUACGUACGUAUGUAUGUCGCCGUAAGACAGCCCAACUGUUGGAGUUCACGAUGUCGGAUAGGCGUUCGCACACACGGAAGCACCGGGGUUGUACCCUUUGACAUGGAGGUAAGCAACACCACCACC